AUGGCUUGGUGGGCACCUGACAGCCAGCCACCUGAUGCAACACCUUUGAAGAGCAAAAAGAAAAGCCUAAACUCUUACUCACCAACAACAGGAACAUGCCAAAUCAGUCCAUUUUCAUCUCCCACGAGUCAUCAUGCACAGACUCUCAGAAAUCGCCCAUCAAAUGGAGCCAGCACUGAGCAGAUGAAGUCAGAAAGCAGCUUAUCCAGGAGAGGGCAGCCUCAAACAGAGGAGGAUGAGUUCAUGGAAUUGCAGUCCAAAGUGAAAAGUUCCUUGGCUACAUUUCUGAAAAUGAGAGCAAAGCUAACAAGCCUACAGGCUUUAGAGGGCAGUGGUGAGCUUGGAAAUACUCCUGUUGUCUCAGACGUGUCUUGCGACUUGAGGGCUGAAGUGCAGAAAACCCAAGAGCUAAUGAGGCAAGCAGAAGAACUGCAGUUGUUGAAAAGAAACCAUGGAAAACUUCCUGCCCCAGUAUAA